ACGUAACGUGCUUUAAUUAAAAGAGAGGGUCAUCGGCCCAAAACCUCUUUGCCGCAUUCCCAAGACCUUUUGCCCCGCGAUUUUGAAUCGUUCCGCGGAAGCUACUCGUCCGAGAUCGAAGAUUUCGAUGAAUUAGACGGCAAAAGGGAUCCCUUUUCCUUGGUUUCUUCUGUUGAUCCUCUGAUCGGGGGAUUCUGAUCGAGAAUUUUCUUCUUUUUCUCGGUGGAGUUCCUUCGAAGAUAUCGAAGGAUCGAGGUUUUAAUCGUUGGAUCUCCUUUGGAUGGGCCUGCCACAGCGCGGAGUUGGUGGGAUUUAACAGCCUCCUGAUCGGAAAGAGUGGUAAGAAAUGAAUGAAGAGACCAGGACCCUUGUCUAGUCUUUUGAAGAACACAAUGAAGUGCUUGUGUUCUGGUGAACAAUUACAAGUAGAUGAAAUGGUUCGGUCGUCUGAGUCCCUGGCCACCAAGGAGUGCUCAGCCGUACGUUAUUCAUGUCAAAAUGGUGAGACUGAGCAGAGGGUCGACACUGGAAACAUUGAAGAAGCUGAAUCAUCUCUUCGUGAAGGUCUCUGCUUAAAUUAUGAGGAAGCAAGAGCCCUGCUUGGAAGGCUAGAAUAUCAAAGAGGAAAUGUGGAAGCUGCACUUCGUGUUUUUGAUGGAAUAGAUCUUGCUUCGGUAGGCCCUAAGAUCAGAACUGCUAUUACUAAAAGAAUAGAACGCCGGAAGUUUCAUUCAAACUGGGAUUCAGGACCAAUGUCCAUACAUGCAGUUAGCUUACUUGUUGAAGCAGUAUAUCUGAAAGCAAGAGCACUGCAAGAUCUUGGAAGGUUUAAAGAAGCUGCUCAAUCAUGCAACAUUGUUUUGGACACUUUAGAGUCUGCAUUACCUGAUGGCUCACCAGGGAAUAUUACUGAUAAUAAAUUACAGGAGAUAGUAUGCAAGGCAGUUGAGUUGCUUCCGGAGCUUUGGAAGCUGGCUGGUUUCUCCCAUGAAGCCAUCUCAUCUUACCGGCGGGCCCUCCUUGGACACUGGAAUCUUGAUGCUGAUACUAUGGCAAAGAUACAAAAAGAAUUUGCUAUUUUUCUUCUUUAUGGAGGCUGCGAUGCAAGCCCUCCAAACCUUCGUUCUCAAAUGGAUGGUGCAUUUAUACCCAGGAACAAUAUGGAAGAGGCAAUUCUUCUGUUAAUAAUUCUAUUGAGGAAGUUUGCUCUCAAGAGAAUUGAGUGGGAUCCAUCUAUCGCUGAUCAUCUGACUUAUGCGCUAUGUGUCUCCGGGCAGCUAAGUUCUCUGGCCGGUCAGGUAGAAGAGUUGUUACCUGGUAUCCUAGAGAGGAAAGAACAGUAUUAUACUCUUGCGUUGUGUUACUUAGGGGAAGAUGAUGACCUUACGGCUCUGAAUUUGCUGAGGAAGCUACUGAGUGCUAGCGAGGAUCCAGAUUGUGUAAAAGCAUUGUUACUUGCUUCUAAAGUUUGUGGUGAGAAUAGUUUUUGUGCAGAGGAAGGGGUUUUGUUUGCACGCAGGGCGCUUGCCAAUGUCCAUGGUUGCUGUGAUCAAAUUGGAAGUGUAGCUAACUGUUUACUCGGCAUUUCUCUUUCAGCGCAGGCUAGAUCUUCUACCUCUGAUUCAGAAAGAGUUUCGAGGCAGUCCGAGGCACUUGAGGUGCUUGAAAAAGCUGAAAAAAUGAUUCCUGGAAAAGAUUAUAGGACCAUAUAUAAUCUCAGCUUAGCAAAUGCUGAACAGAGAAAGUUGGAUGCAGCACUUCGCUAUGCCAAGCAGCUUCUGAAACUAGAGGCUGGAUCAAAUGAGGCUGGAUGGAUUCUUUUAGCUCGAAUAUUAUCUGCUCAGAAACGGUUUGUUGAUGCGGAGACCAUUAUUGAUGCUGCUUUGGAACAAACAGGAAAGUGGAGCCAUGGAGAACUAUUGCGAACUAAAGCUAAAAUUCAGAUUGCACAGGGAAAACUGAAGAAUGCCAUUGAGACAUAUACUCAUCUUCUUGCCAUAAUUCAGUUGAGGACUAAAAGUUUUGGUGUUGGACUGACAUCAUUAAAGGGUGACAAAAAUGAUAGAAGUUUGGAAAUCCAGACAUGGCAUGACCUGGCUAAGGUCUACAUAAGCAUGUCACAAUGGAGGGAUGCUGAAGUUUGCUUAUCUAAACUUAAGUCUAUAAGUCCUUACUCUGCUUUAGGAUGGCAUGCUACAGGGCAGCUGCAUGAAGCACAAGGACUCCUUAAGGAAGCUCUAGGAGCAUAUGCUAAAGCAUUGAAUAUAGAACCAGCCCAUGUCCCGAGCUUGGUUUCAACAGCAAUUGUUCUUAGACAUCUUGGUGAUCAGCCAUCGGUUGUCAUUAGGAGCUUCCUGACUGAUGCACUUCGGCUGGACCGGACUAACCAUGUUGCUUGGUUCAAUCUUGGUCUACUUUAUAAGGCUGAAGGUGCCAGAUCAGCACUUGAGGCCGCUGAGUGUUUUCAGGCUGCUGCCCUUCUUGAAGAAACUGCACCAGUUGAACCCUUCCGAAGCGAGUCUAGUGAAGGCGGCUUGGGCGGAUCCCCUUUCACUCAGGAAGUACAAGACAAGCCGGUACCCCUCAACUUCAGGCUGUCGGCAUUGGAGACAUACAACGAUGGCUCUGAUCCCGCGGAGCACGUCUCAACAUUUCAAGCUCAGAUGGCCCUCUAUGGCACCUCCGAUACAUUGAUGUGUCGGGCGUUUCCGACCACCCUGAGGAGACCAGCACGAGCGUGGUUUAGUCGGUUGCGCCAAUCCUCGGUCUCGUCCUUCGAUCAGCUCGCCAGGGAGUUUGAGCAGAACUUCCUCACCAGCGUGCAACCUAGGCCUUCCAUGGCCACCCUACUCGCGGUUUACUUGAGAUUUGGCUCAAGUUGGGCCGGCAUCUGGGUAGGGAAAUCGUAUGUGAACAACGAUAAGCCGAAGCCCAGGAACCGAUGCGGCCCAAAGACGCUGGCUUUAUCAUUGUUUCGUUGCUUUAAAGUUGCCUUGAUGACUUUGUGCUGCGCUACAGGCGGUCGCCACCACUCCUUCUUGGCGUUCUCCAAGUCUCUACAGCUCCGUCUCUCCGUGGGAACUCUUCGUCCCAUGUCCUACCGCCCCAACUACCAAGGCGGCCGCAGGGGGGGCCGGGGCGGCGGUAGAGGUGGGGGAAGGGGCGACGGCGGCGGCGGCGGCGGAAGAGGCGGGGGAAGGGGCGGCGGUCGCGGGGAGCAGAGGUGGUGGGAUCCCCAAUGGAGGGCCGAGCGUCUUCGCCAGAUGGCCGGCGAGGUGGACAAGCUGGAUGAAAAUGAAUGGUGGAGUAGGAUACAACAAUUAAAACAAGGUAGCCAGCAGGAGCUGAUAGUUAAACGUAACUUUGGGCGUGAUGGUCAGAAUACUCUGGCAAAUAUGGCUCAGAAUCAAGGCUUAUACUUCCAUGCAUACAACAAAGGUAAAGCACUUGUAUUUAGCAAGGUUCCUUUACCAGAUUAUCGUGCUGAUCUUGAUGAAAGACAUGGAUCAACACAAAAAGAGAUUAAAAUGUCCACAGAAACUGAAAGAAGAGUCGUAAGUCUUUUGGCUAGAUCAAAAGAUAUAUCAACCCAAAAUAGUUCCACCAGUACAUUCACUCAGGCGGAGAAGCAACCUUUAUCUAGCGUGCCCAUCUUUAGAUCUGAAUCCUCUUCAUCUUUUGAUACUAUGAAGGAGAAGUUUAGUUCUGAACUUAGGGAGCUGCAGAACUCCAAGAAGGCAUCCCCGAGCACUAAAGCAAUGCUUGCUUUCAGGGAAAAAUUACCAGCCUACAAACUCAAGGAUGAGUUUUUGAUAGCUGUGGCAGACAAUCAGGUGCUUGUUGUUUCUGGAGAGACAGGUUGUGGCAAGACUACACAGCUACCUCAAUUCAUAUUAGAGCAGGAGAUUGAACAUCUACGAGGAGCAGAUUGUAGUAUAAUAUGUACUCAGCCACGUCGGAUAUCAGCUAUAUCUGUUGCAGCACGCAUUGCUUCUGAAAGGGGUGAAAGUCUUGGAGAAACUGUUGGUUACCAGAUCCGUUUAGAAGCAAAGCGUUCUGAGCAAACACGUUUACUGUUUUGCACAACAGGAGUCUUACUCCGAAGGCUGGUUCAGGAGCCAGACCUUGCAGGUGUUAGUCAUCUACUUGUUGAUGAAAUUCAUGAAAGGGGCAUUAAUGAGGAUUUCCUCAUUAUAAUUUUGCGUGAUCUUCUGCCACGGCGACCUGACCUUCGGCUAAUAUUAAUGAGUGCUACUUUGAAUGCUGAUCUCUUCUCCAGAUACUUUGGAAAUGCACCAGUCAUCCACAUACCGGGUUUUACUUUUCCUGUAGCAGAACUGUUUCUAGAGGACAUACUGGAAAAGACUCGAUACAAGAUUAAGCAUGAGUUGGAUAAUUAUCAAGGGAACUCGAGGAGGAGAAGAAGGCAACCAUCGGCAAAAAGUGAUCCUUUGACAGAAAUGUUUGAGGAUGUUGAUGUUGAUAUACAGUACAAGAACUACAGCAUUCCUACAAGACAGUCUCUUGAAGCCUGGGAUGGUGGACAACUGGAUCUGGGUCUUGUGGAAGCAACUAUCGAACAUAUUUGUCGCCAUGAAGGGGAUGGAGCUAUCCUUGUAUUCCUUACGGGUUGGGAUGAGAUAUCUAAGCUGCUUGAAAAAAUUAAAGGGAACACUUAUCUUGGGAAUUCUAGCAAGUUUCUUGUUCUUCCUUUGCAUGGUUCAAUGCCCACUGUCAAUCAACGUGAAAUUUUUGACAGACCUCCAAGUAAUAUGAGGCAAAUUGUUCUAGCAACAAAUAUUGCAGAAAGUAGCAUUACAAUAGAUGAUGUUGUUUAUGUCAUUGAUUGUGGAAAAGCAAAAGAAACAAGUUAUGAUGCUCUCAAUAAACUGGCUUGCCUGUUACCGUCAUGGAUAUCAAAGGCUUCAGCACAUCAGAGAAGGGGACGUGCAGGUCGAGUUCAACCUGGGGUGUGUUAUAGGUUGUACCCAAAAAUUCUUCAUGAUGCUAUGCCCCAGUAUCAAUUACCUGAAAUUCUUCGAACCCCUUUACAAGAACUAUGCCUUAAUAUUAAAAGCUUACAGCUUGGAGCAAUUGCAACAUUUUUGGCCAAGGCACUUCAGCCUCCUGAUCCGCUCUCUGUUAAAAAUGCAAUUGAAAUUUUGAAAACUAUUGGAGCGCUAGAUGACACCGAGGAGCUUACUGCCUUAGGACGCCAUCUGUGCAUGCUUCCUUUGGAUCCAAAUAUUGGAAAGAUGCUGCUUAUGGGGUCUAUAUUCCAGUGCCUAGAUCCAGCACUGACAAUUGCUGCUGCUCUUGCACAUCGUGACCCAUUUGUUCUACCAAUAAAUAGAAAAGAAGAAGCUGAUGCUGUAAAAAGAUCCUUUGCUGGUGACUCUUGCAGUGAUCACAUAGCUCUUUUAAAAGCUUUUGAAGCAUGGAAGGGUGCUAAACGCAGUGGAAGAGAACGAGCUUUCUGUUGGGAGAAUUUCUUGUCCCCCAUAACCUUGCAAAUGAUGGACGACAUGAGAAACCAGUUCUUGGAUCUAUUAUCUGACAUAGGUUUUGUGAACAAGGCUAAAGGUGCCAAGGCAUAUAACCACUAUGGAGAUGAUAUGGAAAUGAUAUGUGCCGUUCUGUGUGCUGGGCUUUACCCUAAUGUUAUCCAAUGCAAAAGGAGAGGGAAGAGGACAGCAUUUUACAGCAAAGAUGUUGGGAAAGUUGAUAUCCAUCCUUCCUCUGUUAAUGCAGGGGUCCAUCUAUUCCCUUUGCCUUACAUGAUUUACAGCGACAAAGUGAAAACCUCAAGUAUAUAUAUCAGGGAUUCGACAAAUAUUUCAGACUAUGCUUUGCUCUUGUUUGGAGGCAGCCUCAUGCCAAGUAAAUCUGGAGAGGGCAUCGAGAUGUUGGGUGGAUACCUUCACUUUUCGGCACCAAAGAGUACACUACAUCUUAUUCAGAGAUUGAGAGGAGAGCUUGACAAACUGUUGCAAAGGAAAAUUGAGGAGCCAGCGCUUGAUGUCCAUUCGGAGGGUAUUGAUGUUGUUGCUGCAGCUGUCGAACUAUUGCACAGCCAGAAUGUCUACCACUGAUAGAGAGAGAGAGUAUUCCUAUCUUCUCAUCCUUCAGCAAUUUAUAUAAGCAAGAUAGAAGCUGCACGUCCUCCUUCCAACAGUGAUUCUGCUUCUCGUUUGAGCGUUCUUAUUCCCAUAGGAGAUGUGAAACUAUGGCACUUUAUUUUUGCUAUCAUAUGGCAUGAUUUUUGUGAUCCAAUGAUGACACAGAAAAAUAGUAGAUUAUAAUGAUUCCUUGGUUAACUGUUCCUGAAAA